AAAAAAAUAUAUAGCAGUCCGAGCUGUCAUCGAACACCCCCUAAUCUACGACGACAACAAAAAACUUAUAACGUCCGGCUAUUUAUUUACAUUACGCCAAUAGCCGUCGGAGAGCUCCCUUACUGUCGAUCUCGCAGUUUAAAUAUCCUCUACAUCAUCCGUAAUGCCUUCUGCGUCCCCGUCAGGAGCUAAUACAAACCCCGACCCCUCCAAAUCCCGUCAACACAAUCAAGGCCGCCAAGAUCGUGAAUAUACACCAGCACAAAAAGCAGCAGUCGAUCGGGUUCGAAAAUGCAAGGCAACAGCUUACUACGACAUCUUGGACAUCAAGGUAGAGGCGACCGAGGGAGAGAUAAAGAAAGCAUACCGCAAAUUAGCUUUGGUAAUGCACCCAGAUAAAAAUGGAGCCCCGGGAGCAGACGAAGCCUUCAAACUUGUUUCUCGCGCGUUUCAGGUUUUGUCUGAUCCCGACAAAAGAGCACUUUUUGACCGACACGGAGGAGAUCCAGAUGCUCGUGGAGGUGGAGGCGGGGGAUUCGCUGACACUCCUAUGCGGGGAUUUCCCGCCGGCGGUCCGUUUGGAACCCCUGGCCGGGGGGGGGGCGUGUUCGAGGGGGAGAUUUCACCCGAAGACCUAUUCAACAUGUUUUUCGGAGGUGGCGGGAUGGGUCCCGGGGGUGACUUGUUUGGCGGUGGUAUAGGAGGCUUUCAGACAUUUGGCGGUCCAGGCAUAAGGAUUCGUCAAUUCGGUGGGCAGCGAAGGAGACCGGCGCAAGCAGCAGGCAGAGAACAAGUGCAGCCAGAACAAAGUUUGGUGAGAAUAUUGAUCCAGCUCUUACCGCUGAUCAUAUUCUUCAUUCUCCCUAUACUCAGCUCACUCCUCCCUGGAGACAAUUUUAAGGAAUUCGGAGAACCUCUAUUCAAGCUCGAUAGGGUGCCACCUUACACAACGAGGCGCGAGACCCCCAACUACAAAAUCCCCUUCUGGAUCACCCCCAACGAGCUAAAAAAGCAAAUGAAAAAGAACAGCAUGAUAAGGCUAGAUAAGGCGGUCGAAAUACACAUAAUCUCCACACUUAGUUCCAAUUGUGAAAAGGAGGAAGCGGACAAAAACAAGGAGAUAAAGGCCGCACGCAGCUCGUUGUCCCGGUACUUUGACGACCAGGAAAGGCUCAAGAAGGCCAACGAGCGACCACUACCGAAUUGCGAGAAACUGAGAGAGUUGGGAGUCAAACAGUACUAGACUUAGGUGGCUUUUUUUUUCCUCCCCUCUU